UGCAGGUCAAACAACGACUUGGUGUAUUACCGCCACCAACUGGUAAGGCACCUCCGCUCAAAGGCUCCUCUCGUUGGGGUUGUGCGGUGCAUGCUGGGCUGGAGGUGGACAGCAGGCUUUAGUCAGUGGAGGACCUACGUCAGUGUUUGUGCUGUUCUGGGGAAGAUGGCGGAGGCUGCGGCUGUUCCCCCGCAUCGGUUUUUCUGUCACUGUUGUAAGGGAGAAGUAAACCCCAAACUCCCGGAGUACAUCUGUCCAAGAUGUGACUCAGGUUUCAUAGAGGAAGUGACAGAAGACUCCAGUCUCCUAGAGGGUGGCGCUAACGGGAUAGAUGACACAGCCACACAGUUUGCAGAGCUAUGGCACCUGUUGUUACUGGAGCGGCCAUUUUUAACAGACAGUGACACCCCUGACUCAGACCCUCGGCUCCCUCGAGGACGCCUGGGAGGUCUCAGUGACCUGGGGGGCUUGGGAGGGGGACCAAUUGGGGGGUCAGUCCCAACGGGACUAGGGGGACCGAUGGGGGGACUACUAGGAGCUGGGGAGCACUGGGGACCAGGACGUCCCCCUCGCUUGCACAGCCAGAGGAGAUACCGGUCCAGAGGCAGCAGCAGGCCAGACCGCUCGCCUGCUGUGGAAGGGAUUGUACAGCAGUUUCUUGCUGGCCUUUUUGCCAACUCUGGAGUCCCUGGCUCACCUCCCCUCUCAUGGACCGGGAUGCUGCACUCUAACCCUGGUGAUUACGCCUGGGGACAGGGAGGGUUAGACGCUGUGAUAACACAGUUACUAGGUCAGUUGGAGAACACAGGACCUCCUCCGGCAGAGAAAGAGAAGAUCUCCUCUCUCCCAACUGUCACUAUCUCUCAGGAACAAGCAGACUGCUGUAUGGAAUGUCCAGUGUGCAAAGAGGACUUCGUAGUGGGAGAGCCAGUCAGACAGCUCCCCUGUAACCACUUCUUUCAUUCAGACUGUAUAGUACCAUGGCUGGAAAUGCAUGACACAUGUCCAGUGUGUAGGAAGAGUUUGAAUGGAGAAGACAGCAGCAGCCAGCCCCCAUCAGAGUCCCCGUCCCUCUCCAUGGACCCCCGCACACAGGAAAGAUGGUCCUUCUGAGACACCCACCUGUUUCAUCCCUCAGUUCUCCUCACCUACAUCCAACAACACACCGAGAAGACAAACACUUCUCACUUUCCUCUGUUCAUUUAUGUUGCAGUCAAUCAUAUCAAAUUUUUUUUUUUUUUUUUUUUGUAUUUUUAUUUUUUAUUUUAAUGUCUCUCUUCUCAGCCAUGUUUGCAGUUAUCCCAUACAGAUGUCUUAAUAAUCACUGGAGGUCUAUUAGAUCUCUUUUUGCCUAAAACAAACCAGCCUAGAAUUUUAAUGAUCAAAAUUAUGUCUUCUCCACUUCAACUUCUAGCAAACUCCUUUCCCGUCAUUCUUGAAAUGCACUACUGCUAUACCCUAAUUUGGGAAAUGUCAGACCUUUCCUCUUUUUGUUCACCUGGUGAUUUGCUGAAACCUGUACCUGAGCCCUGUAUGGUGUAUCACAAUACUGUAGGGAUUCCUUUGACUCUUGGCAUUUACAGAGGCAGGAACUAAUGACAUGAACACCCACAGCCUUGCAAUAAAAGUUAUGUUUAUCAAGGUUACAAUCUGUCAGGAAGAUAUUGGUUGAACUCUAGUUAUUUAUUCUGGUGGUGUUUUGUUGGAUUGCUUUGCAAAGGUGCUCGUGUUAUUGCCUGCCUCGUGUAGUGCACUUCAACAUGAGUAUUUUGUAGGAGUCAUGUUGAGUCGCUGCUGUUUAAUGGCCUCAAAUGGAAGCUGUGAUGUUGAAUGAAAGCAAAGGAACCCUUACACCUUUCAGGGCUCUUCUCCAUCUGGAAAAAAUUUUAAUGAUGCCCUGCCCAUUAUUUAAUACUUUAGACAUACUUCCCCUGGUGUAUAUACUAGAAACAGAUGGCAUCCCUCUGUCAUUUUAUUUCUGUUUUACUUUCCAAUUUUUAUCACGUUUUUAUGUAAAUAAUUUUAGUCCAACAACUAAUGGUUUGCAAAAGAAAAACAUUGAGAAUGGAGACAAAUGUGAAAAACCUGGUUACCAGACUGUAUAUUAUAUAUAUGGAAAAAUGUCUAUGGUGUAUUAAUAAAUUGACAGAAAAUAGUGUAAUUUCUUUACUCACAAUCUUUUUAAUGCGAGUGUUAUUUUUAUAUCCUGCCUGCACAUUAGACAGGACGUAAUGAUUAAAUUAGCAUCAAAAAGCAUUUACAGACUGUACAUUAUAUUUUUUUCAGUGACAUUCAUUAGUUUCUAUUUAGCAUUUCAGAUAAGAAUUGGUGCAUUAAAAGACAUUUAAGGAUUUUAAAUAAAAAGUAAAUUAGUUGAUCAAUCCCACUCCUUUAGAAGCCAAUAUCUCUUCACUGCUGUUCAAUGAGUUUGGGUCACAGGAGGCUUCGAGAGCACCUCUCCACAUUAAGACAAGUUCUGGAGCAGAUUUGAACAAAGUUACAUACUGUAGUUUUGAGUACUGAAAUCAGUGCUGUGUAGAAUAGUACUAUACAAGUGCAGCAAUUAAAUUAAAAAUGUAUGUUACUCAAAGUAUUAACUGCUUUAAUGACAGGUUCCAACACUGAAACCUUACUUUCUGUGGAAUGUGCAAAAACCUUUGUGCUGUGGUUCAUGUUAAACAAAUGUGUGUCAGACUUGCAUUAAUGAUCAGUGUGUGUUCCAAGCAAGUGUGAGCAACGAGUGAGCUGGAGCAGAGGAGGGUAUGUAGCCCACAGCAGGAU